AUGCCAGUCGCAUUGGUCGACCCCACGGGCGACAUUGUCAUCAUGUCCGGCGAUGACUCCUUUCAGGUCUCCUCCAAGAUUUUGUCUACAGCUUCCCCUGUAUUUUCCGUUAUGUUCAGCCCUCUCUUCAGAGAGGGUACCUUAAUAAUAGAUGAACCGAAGGAGCCAGCGGUCAUACACCUGGGUGACGACGAUGCCGAAGCACUCCUCGCUUUCUUUAACAUAGUGCAUUUCCGAACUGAUGAGAUCCCGGAGAAGCCGACUGCUAUAUUUCUGGAAAGAUUUGCGGUGUUAGUUGAUAAAUACAUGUGCAAGAAGGCAGUUGCCUCCCAAGUCAAGGUCUGGUUGUUGAAAAAUCUACGAACCCUGACUGUCACGGAGCUGUGUCCAUUGCUGUUGCUCGCGUAUAUUAUGGAUAUACCGGAGAGAUUCGCUACCAUCUCGAAGGAAAUCCUCUUCAACCAUGUGGGUUCCUAUUCUGAAUUACUCUUGUUGGCGGAUCACCCACUCAUGGACAGCAACAUCGUCGUCGAAUUUGAGAGAAAGAGACACGAGCUUCAUCGUAUGGUUCGAAAGGCACUUAUAUGCGCACUCGACAGCUUGACUGCACUGAAAACCGACGAAUCCAGGUACAUAUCGCUGUAUACGCAGAAGCUACAAGCGCGGGGACUGCUUCCAGGCACCGAUGCCUUUGAAGCCAAGAGCUUCAGGCAAGUGUAUUGGGACGCAUCGACGCUAUCUACGUUCCACGCCCAGCCUUGCAAGUUACAAGGUUGUGUAUGCAUGUCGAAUAAAGCAUUGGAGCAUGACAGGAAGACUGUGAGAUUCUUGAAUAACCUCAAAGACGCAAAGGUGGGAAUUUGCUUGGACUGCUUACGGUCAGAGCGGUCAUCCUUCCCGGAUUGCCGUUUUACUCACCCUUUCUCCGGGGAUGACAAGGCCAUUUUUACCACAUAA